GCCCCUUCACCUCACGACCAUCUCUCUCUCUCUCUCUCUCUCUUUAUCUAUCUCUCUCUCUCUGCGUGUGUGAGCGUGUGUGCGCGCGUGUGGGUGGGCAAUGAUGGCCGGAUCCAAGGCUCUUCCUCUGCUAUUCCUGCUUGCCCUCGUAACUCUCUCUUCCGCCCCGGCAAUGGCGACCUCCAAAUUCGACUUCUUUUACCUGACCCUCAUGUGGCCGGGCGCUUACUGCAAUUCUGGCUUGUUCAGCAAGUGCUGUCGCCCGACUACCGGCAAACCAGCACUGGACUUCUUCGUGCAGUCCCUCGAGACGUAUGAUAGCAGCAAUGGCGAACCUGUAACUGGAUGCAGCACCGACUGCCGGUUCUCCGUCAAUGCGCUGAGGAAGCUCAUCGAUGACUUGUAUGCCUACUGGACCGACGUGUCCUGCCCUAGCAACAACGGUCGCCAACAAUGGGAGAACGUCUGGUGCAGCUACGGCACUUGCUCCAACUUCAAUGAGACAUACUACUUCCAACGGGCUCUCGCCCUCAGGGCCCAGGUCGACCUUCUCUCCCUCCUCAAAGCCAACGGCAUUGUGCCAUCCAGCGACAAACUCUACAAGCUCGAAGACAUCCAGGAUGCACUCAUCCCCACCCUCGGGUUCUCGACUGUGGUGGAAUGCAACAAGAAGUGGGUCUUGGGGGAGUCCCAGCUCUACAAGAUCCGCAUCUGUGUCUCCAGCGAUGCGAAGACGAUCAUCAGCUGUCCGAUCCAGAAGAGUAGCAGCUGCGGCAGCAAGGUUAAGUUCCUUCCCUUCAACCCCAAGCAACUGCCCGUCGGCAGUGCCCACAACAUGGCCAACCCCAUCGAGAUGACUGCUGCCAUAGAUAUGGACAUGUAACUCCGCAGCUCUAGCUUUAAGUUCUUUUUGCUUCUGUAUGCUUCUGCCAUGACGAACUAUGUAUGAGAAGGGUGGUAGAAGAUGUAUCUCUGAAUCAUCACUAAAUAAAAGCUUGUAUCCAGUCUUCGAUAGCAGAUGUUUGCUUUUUAU